UGGCAUCAGGGGCCAAGUAUAUGGACAUGCGCUACGGAUGGAGGGUUCCGCAUAACACAAUCUCAAAAAUUGUGAGAGAGGUAAUUAUGAAAACAAUUGUGCUGAUUUUGAUCUUGCUUUUCCAUGUUCUAAUAUAAUGUACUUACCAUGCCUUGCAUUCUUGUACUUAAAGGUUUGUGGGGCGAUCGUGGAUGAGUACAUGAACGAAGUGAUGGCAGUGCCAACAUCACCUGAAGAGUGGAGGGUCAUCGCAGAUGGCUUUCGCACAAAAUGGAACUUCCCUCACACGCUUGGUGCAUUGGAUGGUAAACAUGUUGCAGUUCGGUGUCCACCAAAGUCUGGUUCAACGUACUUCAAUUACAAGAAGUUUUUUUCCAUAGUGUUGCUAGCUCUGGUAGAUGCGGAUUACAAGAUCAUCUGGGCCGACAUUGGAGGUCGUGGGGCAGCAUCAGAUGCCCAGAUCUGGAACGAUUUCGAUUUGAAAGAGUCUGGAGAAAUCAACCAUCCCCCGCCAGAUCCUCUCCCAAAUGACACUCAGUCCGUCGAUUGGUUCUAUAUAGGUGAUGAUGCGUUCGGUUUACGCAACUUCAUGCAGAAACCGUUUUCCCAAAGAAGUCUCACCAGAGAAGAACGUAUCUUCAACUACCGGCUGUCGAGGGCUCGCAGGGUGUCAGAAAAUGCGUUUGGGAUCCUUGCAAACAGAUUUCAGGUUAUGCUGACCACAAUGCAGCAUGACCCUGCGACUGUGCGUCUGAUCACUACUACUGUAUCGUGCUUCACAACCUCAUGAGGACAAGAUACCCGACAAUGCAAAACCAGCUUGUUGACCGAGAGGAUGCCAACCACCAGCUCAUCCCCGGAGCAUGGAGACAGGACCGCCAUAUGGAAGACUGUGUCACUGUCCAGGGGCCAAACACAGGCAACAAGGAGGGCAAGCGGCUGCGCAAUCUCAUCAAAUACUGGGUAAACUCUGAUGCAGGAGAAGUGUCAUGGCAGGACAACAUGAUUUAAAGGACAUAUUUCCCAUUAUAUUGCUAAUUGUGAAAAGUAGUAUUAUUGAAAUAAAAAAUACAAAGCCUGCCAAAAUAAGAAAGUAGUUUUUUCUUUAUCUACACUCCAUCCCAUACACAAAC